UGUGAAUUGUACCUGAGACUAGGUUAAGUCCUGUAAUUAUUUGCUGACAUUGUACAGGAAAUUGCUAGGUUAAGUUUUCACAUUGAUACACAUUUCGAUUGGGAUUUGAGAGCUAACAGUGUACAUUUUGAUUCAGAGUAGAGUCAAUAUAAUAAAGAGAACUGUUAAGCUUGUUGAGAAGCCUUGAGACUCGUUCAUUCUCACCUAAUACCGUUCGUGCUGUGGGGUGGGCUAAUUGAAGUACAAAUUAGUACCGUGAUCUUAACUAAACCGCAACUAUGGUAGGUGAAGAUGUAGUACCAGCUGUCCCAGCUCUAAGUCAAUUAAAGUGGUCUAUGGGAGCCUAUAAGGGGCGCCUGAGCAAAGCAUGUGAGGAGUGUCGUACGGUCAGGCAAGAUCAAGACGUAGACUGGGAGGAACUAGAGAGUUGCCUGAAACCUUUGGAGCAAAGACUGGAGGCCUUUGAGAGAUCAUUUAUCCUUUAUGAGACAGAGGCCUAUACUACAGGUGAGUCUGAAUAUACAGUCGAAGUAGCACGGACGGACUAUGACGAACGAAGGACAGAGUGUAAAGCAGAGAUGAGACUCUGCAGGCAGUUAAUAAAGACUUUGAAGGCCUGUACAGCAGGGGCAGCAAAUGUUUCAAGGAACACGAACAACAGCACACCUGUUAAUGUGUUGCCCAGAUUGCCCCAGUUGAAUUUACCAACGUUCGACGGAACCUUAACAGAGUACAUUGCUUUCUGGGAUCAGUUUAAAGCCCAGAUAGAUGACAGAGACAAUUUGUCAGAUGCCGUCAAAUUACAAUAUUUACAUUCACAGCUCAAGGGUAAAGCCUUGGACUUGGUCCGGCAUUACCAAACCACCGACACCAAUUACCAACAUGCCAAAGACCAAUUAAAGGACACGUUUGGCAACACUGAGGAGAUAAAGGUAGCUAUACUUUAUCGGUUGUUGGAUCUAAAGGCUUGUCGCCAUGACCGUCAGAGCCUAGAGAAGUUCCGAAUCGAAGUUAUGAGUUUGACGAAUAGUCUAAAAGAUUUACAUGAUUGGGGUUUUCGGAAUGGUUCAUCAGUCAGGUGAUUCAGAGGAAACUGGCUGGCACUACAGUGCAUGAGUUGCACUUAAAAUAUCAGACGAAUAGGUUCACGAUACAACAAAUCGUUGAGGGGUUGGGAGAUCUCGUUUCUCAUUUGAGUAUAGGUGUGAGAGAAGAGUCACCACCAUCGCCACAUAAAAACACAGAAAGUCACUCAAAGAUCUCGAGAGAUCAGUCUAAAGCUCGUACGACUAACGUUGGAGUGUACUAUGGUAAAGAAGUGUCUAAGGUAAGAACCUCUAAGCAGAACCUUAGAGGCACUCAUGCCAGGAUAUGUGUGUUCUGCGAAGACGAACACGCUAGCACGAGUUGCUCGGAGUAUACAACACUGAGCAGUAGGCAACAGAGACUAAGGGAGUUGAGACUCUGCUUCAAGUGUUGUGGGGAACACUUUGCGAGAGACUGUGGCACCCAGCUCAGUGAGUGUCGAGUCUGUUGCAAAGGUAAGCACCAUACUGCACUAUGUCCCAAUAAUUUAAGGGAACCCCAGGCUAGCAGGGAUAUCUCUCAGGUAGAGAUAGAAAGUGAGUCCGAGCCUGAAAUGGUAGCCAGCGUGAUUAGUGGGAGUGAAGUCUCUAAUCCGAGUGAGAAUCACGGAGGUGCUGCCCUACCUACAGUCAUGGCAAAGGUUGUGAAUGGGCACAGGUCCGAAACAACCCGAUUAUUCUUUGACCCAGGAGCACAAGUAUCCUUGAUAACAAAGAAGUUGGUGGCUAAAUUAAAGUUGAAGGCCACAAAGAAAGUUAGUAUGAUGUUGGGAGGGGCUAUAAGUCAGGUCCCACCCAAAUCUUAUGAUGUGGUGGAUGUCACAGUCAAAUUAGGUGGACAUCGCAGAGACAUUACAGCCUCGGUGGUAGAGACAUUACCCAGGGCAAUUACAGCGAGAGGUCUUGCUGCAGCAGCUAAGCGAUUGAAAGACCUUGACGUGAAGCUGGCAGACCAGGGAAUUACCACUGACACAGUCAGAAAUGUAGGUAUCCUGGUGGGAGCCAAUCAUAUAGAUGAUUUCCUGUCUACACGACGAACGUUUAAGGAAGGAAUUGGUUUAUACAGAUCCCCAGUAGGAUACAUCAUAGGCGGAAGGAUUCCACCUGAAUUCCCUGCCACGCCAGAUAGAGGAGAAGCUGUCCCCAUGAUAGCUGGGGGAGUAGUGAUAAUGAAUACCAGUAUACACUAUGAACCGCCAGGGAAGCUGAACCAGGUAGGUAGUGACGAACACUCAGCCACCUUGGGAAAACACUUUUACAGGGUACAUAAAGAGGGAGAUAGAUUGCCAUUAAAUCUAGGGAACCUCGUAACAGUGGGAGGAAAGGCUACCAAGGCAUGUGGGCCACUGGGUGGGAAAGUACGGAGCCACUCAGUCAAGGCUAGACAUACGAAAGACGUUAAAGUUAAAGGAAAGGGUGCUAAGACCACCGGAACCAACAAGUUUACACCCCCAGAGGUCCACGCAGGGGAAACUGGACGGUUGAAGUUAGACCGGAGUCUGCUCGACGAGAGUGGCCGGAUGGCACUCGUGUCCAGGGUCCGCCAUGGGGGCUCGCGGAAGAUGAACUUGAUUUAGACUUAGCGCCUACCUUCGCCGGCGGGAGGAUGUGGAAAUUUAUUUGGUCCCUAAAGUUCCACAGGACAGAUCCGGCAUGGCCGUAAUGGAACAGCUGAGCUGGGUGGCCCUUAAACUCACCCAAACAAAAAGCGUUCUCCCCAAACAUAAACACAUUUCUCUCCCCGGGGGUGGCGUGGUUGGUAAGCUUAUUUAAUUUAUAGAUUUACCCUUCAGGGAAGGAGUAAGUCGUUUUACUGGUAGUACACUAAUAUUAGAAUCAUUGAGGCAACUGUAGAUAAUAAUAAUGUAGACCUAAGACCUUAACAUAGGUAGUAAUAGGCCGAUAAUGUAGGCAAACACUAGGAUAAGUUAGCUAGGGAGAACUGGCAGCCCUAGUUUGAACGAAGAGACAAGGGUCUGGAAGAGAGACCAGCUCGUUCUUCUUAAGACAGACACCAACUGGACAAGACGUGCCGUGAUCAGCAGACGGCACCCCCCACGUGUCUUCACAUUUGAGACCUAGGGAAAUCUGGUAGAGGCACCUUGAUGUACCGUAGAUGACCUCCGUCAGGCCCAUACAGUAAGACAAGACCUCCACUUUAUCUCGUAGAUUUCUGGCCAGUGUCUGGGGAGAAUUGUGAGUGAGUUUGAUCUGUGGGCCCGGUGUGCAACAGGCAGUGCAUGCCCAGUAAGUACCAGUGUCUCUUGGCAGUCUGGAAGCUAGUGUCCGUGUCUGCAUAGUUGUACUAGGGGAUACAUACCCUCUUGGAUAUAGGAAUUUCUGAGGUGCAGGCAGGAUACUAAUAACGAUUGAAUAUUGCAGGAAUUAAGGCUCCCGGUUGCACGUGGUUUCUGAGGGGAAGUCCAAAGGGGCUAAGGCUAAGCUUUGGGAAGUUGAAGAUCAGGAUAUAUGCUGCAACACCAAGCAAUUGUGGAUGUGGUGGAGGCAAGUGAUAGUUGUAGCAGGUAAUAGUUGUGGAACUGAUUAUCAUGUGCACAGGUAUGGUACAGACACAUUUUCAUAUCAACAAGUAAUAACAAAUGUAAUGAAUAGAAAACUAUUAUUUUUGUGUUUUGCCAAAUUACAGAGCUUUAAAUAAAAUUUUGUUUGAUAUUUUUGAGAGGGUCUUAUAAUAAUUUUUAUUUCUACAAGUACAUGUACAACAUACAGGAGGGCCCCCACUUUAUGGUGAUUUGCUUAUACAGACAUUUCAGAUUACAACCAAAAAUUUGUUAAUACAACUCCAAUUCGCUAUUAUGGUGUCUGCGCACCACUGUUUACAUCCUCCACGAGCUCCAUAUCUGUUGAUUAUGUCUGGAAACUUUCCAAAAUUUUGAGUGUUUUAAAGUUAUUGCACGUUCUAUAUAUACAGUGGAACCUCAGUUUUUCAUAGGAUUUGGUUUUCAUAGGAUUUGGUUUUCAACUUUUUUCAUCUAAAUUUUGUCCCAGUUUUAGUACAUCCGCUCAAUUUUCGUAGAGUUCACAAUGGUCCGUACUAAAUGCUUCUGCCUGCUCGUGCCCACGCAAAGCAUCCCACGCUUUCUGACUCAGUCUGGCAUUGUUUCUCAUUGAGUGAACAUUACCCCACGCGUUCAGAGUGCCAGCUCUUUGAUAAAGAAGGCGAGAAACGCUAUAUAAUUCAAGAAAGAACUCGUAGCAAAGUGGAAAGUAGCAAAGUAUAAAAGUGACCGGAGCUGAGAAAAUUGCUUCAGAGGAGGAGGAAGAGAGAGGGGAGAAUGUGCCUUCUUCAGUGAUUAAGGACAUGUGUGCAAAGUGGAAUGAGUUGCAGUUUUGUGGAGAAAUAUCACCUUAACAAAACUGUUGCAAGCCAUGUCUGUAACAUGUUCAGUGACAAUUCCUUGUCCCAUUUUAGGCAAAUCUUAAAGAGACGCCAGAAACAGACCUCUCUGGACAGAUUUUUUGUGCGACAGGGUGCAGCGACUCUCAAGCUGGUCUUAGUGCCAGUAAAUGACAAAGAAGGGAAGUAACCCCAGAUAGGGCCUUGAUACCUGAAGCCCUUAUGGAGGGGGAUUCCCUUUCCAAACAAUAACCUCUCCUCCUUCCUCUCCCCUGCUCACCGUCUUCGACAUGCCAAAAAGAGCCUUCAAUAAAGGUAAAAGUGAUGUUAAAUGUUCAUCUAUCCAUUUCGUUAGUCAUUUAUAUUUAUUUGUCAUUGUUUUCUGUAUUUAAAAUUAAGUUAUUCUCUAAAAAUGUAUUUUUUGUUAAUAUUUUUGGGUGUUUGGAACGGAUUAAUUGGAUUUACGUUAUUUCUUAUGGGAAAUAUUGCUUCUGUUUUCGUCUGACUUUCUGGAAUGACUUAAUAACAAAAACCGAGAUUCCACUGUACUCUGAUAAUUAUACUUGUGUGUACCUAUACCUAAAUAAACUUACUGUGCUGGCAUGCAUGCAGGUUCACAUUAAAAUAACUGUCUCACUAGUGUUGAAGACUUAAUAAUUACUCUGGGCACUUUAAAUGUUGUAUGUUACAUUAUUAUAAACAUUUUCUUUAAUCCAUCUAUAUUUUUUCAAAGUUUUAUAAAUAAUCUCUAAACAUCAUAUAAACAUAAGUACAACCACAGAAUAAAAUUGACAUAAAUAGGUGGUUGCCAGACAGCUUGUAGUUUUGACAGCAAGAAUUCCGCUUUCUCUAGCCCAUCACCAUAGAAGCUGUGAACAGUAUUGUAUUACUGGGAUAACUGUAGAAAAAUAUUCUUUUUGUAUGCCUUCACUCAUACUAUCAUUCCCUCUAAAAAUGGUUUGUUGCAUGAGAAUAGGAGUACUUCUGUUACAUGUAUAUCUGCUGCACCAACAUGAAGACAACUUGUGCACAAUAUAAGGUGUUUGUAUUGCGGGGAAAGAACUUCACAGACACAUGCAUUAUGCGAAAUGAAUGUGUAUGAAUUGCAUUUCUCUGACUGCCCACCACCCGUUCUCUCUGUUUACAAUCUCCUUGUUUCUCGAGUUUACAAUGGCAUCUAAGGGUAGUCGUGAUAAAAAGAGGAAUCAUAAGCCUCUUACUUUAAAUGUUAAGUUAGAAAUUAUUAAACUCGGUGAAUGAAGUAUGUCGAUGGCAAGAAGCAUAAUGAUGAUAAUCACUCUGGGGCACUUUAAAUGUCAAAUGAUGUUAUAGACAUUUUCAUUAAUCCAUGUUUAAACUCAAAGUAGUGUGUCAGUGGCAGUAAGCAUAAUGAUAAUCUCUCUGGGGAGCUAUGAUUUUUUUUUAAUUAUAAAAGAAAUACGUUACAUAUUAUAUAAAGAAAAUACGUAUAUACAGUCACAGUAAAAUACAGGGGGGGGCCCCACUUAUAUGGCAGGUUAGGUUCCAGGCUGCCACCAUAAUGCAAUUCACCCCUUUAUUCACUUUUAAAUGCAUAUACGUAAAUGCCUGAUUUCAUGUUUACACUCAAUAUAUAUAUUAAGUUAGCAAUAGAACUAAGCAUAAAAACAAUAAAAAAGGAAAAUGCACAUACAGAUCACUCAUUACUUUAAAAUAUUUGUAGUCUUAAUUCAGGGUGAGAGGGUAGUAGUAUUUAUUGUAGGAAGCCAGGUUUGGUAGCCUGCCCAGUUAGCACACCUCACAAUUAUGUUUAUUUAUCUUGCUAUGAUUAUAUAUAUUUUCUUUUUGUGUAGCAUAUUUCUUAUAUAAUUUUGAAAAAAAAAUUAUGCUUGUUGCCAUCGACAUACCUUGUUCACUAAGUUUAAUAAUUUAGUUUAAUAAUAUCUAACGUGGCAUUUAAAGUAAGAGGCUUAUGAUUCCCCUCUUUUUAUGACAACUAGCCUUAGGUGCCAUCAUAAAUGAGAGAGAUGCAGAGAAUAUAAACAAACUGAAAGUGAACGGGUGGCAAGCAGUUAGGCGAACAGUUCAAAUGCCUUCAUUUUGCAUAAUGCAUGCGUUUGUAUUGUGGGGAAAAACUUCACAAACACCUUAUAUUGUGUAUAAGUUGGUUUUCACACUGGUGCAGCAAAAUAACAGCAACAUUUCCAUUCUCAUGUAGCACACCAUUUUAACCCUUUGACUGUCGCAACCCCCAAUC